GCACUUCCGGCUUGCCUUCCGGUCCCCGUGAGCCACGAUGGAGCCCGGCGCCGACCUGAAGCGGAGCCUCGACGAGCUGGAGCAGGACGAGGAGACGGAUUCGGGCUCCGACUCGGAGGAGCUGGUCGGCCCCGGCCGCCGGCGAGGCCUGCGUGGAGACUUCGCCGCGGGGUUCGUCUUCGCCGAGAAGGAGUUCGCUCGGCCCGGCGCCGGCGCCUGGGCGGAGGCCCUGAGCCAGCUGAAGGGCAAGAGGCCAGUCACGAGCCUGGAUGAGAAGAUUGCAGCAGUGAGGAGAAAAAGGAAAGCUCAGGAGAAGCAGACUGAUGAAGGAACCGCACAGAAGGAUGAUGGAGGGCCUAUGCCUGAGAAUGAAGAUAAGGCAAAUGAUGAAGAUGACGGUGAGGAGGAAGAUUUGGGGUCUGAAUAUUCCUCAGCAGACGAGAGCAUCUUCACGAAAGCAGAUACACUCAAAGUGAAGCCACAGAGGAAGCGGAAGCGAGGCGAAGAGCAGGGAGCAGAGCAGUUCUUUGAAGAAGAUGUUUCCCAGUACGAUGACAGCCUGUCGUUCCAGGACAUGAACCUUUCCCGGCCUUUGCUGAAGGCGAUCACUGCGCUGGGCUUCAAGCAGCCGACCCCCGUCCAGAAGGCCUGCAUCCCUGUGGGGCUGCUGGGGAAGGACAUCUGUGCUUGUGCAGCGACGGGGACAGGGAAGACUGCGGCCUUCAUGCUGCCCGUCCUGGAGCGUUUGAUCUACAAGCCACGCCAAGCCCCGGUGACCCGCGUGCUGGUCCUGGUGCCCACGCGAGAGCUGGGCAUUCAGGUGCACGCGGUCACGAAGCAGCUGGCCCAGUUCAGCAGCAUCACGGCCUGCCUGGCAGUGGGUGGCCUGGACAUCAAGACCCAGGAGGCCGCUCUCCGCGCGGGCCCCGACAUCCUCAUCGCCACUCCGGGCCGCCUCAUCGACCACCUGCACAACUGCCCAUCCUUCCACCUGGGCAGCGUGGAGGUCCUCAUUCUGGACGAGGCCGACCGGAUGCUGGACGAAUACUUUGAGGAGCAGAUGAAGGAGAUAAUUCGGCUGUGCGCUCGGCAUCGCCAGACAAUGCUCUUUUCUGCCACCAUGACAGAUGAGGUGAAGGACUUGGCCUCGGUCUCCCUGAAGAACCCAGUCCGGGUCUUUGUGAACAGCAACACGGAUGUGGCGCCGUUUCUCCGGCAGGAGUUUGUCCGCAUCCGGCCCAGCCGUGAGGGAGAUCGGGAGGCGAUUGUGGCAGCCCUGCUGACACGGACGUUCCCGGACCACGUGAUGCUGUUUACCCAGACCAAGAAGCAGGCCCAUCGCUUGCACAUCCUGCUCGGCCUGCUGGGGCUGCGUGUCGGGGAGCUGCACGGCGACCUCUCGCAGGCCCAGCGCCUGGAGGGGCUCCGGCGCUUCAAGGACGAGCAAAUCGAUGUGCUUGUGGCCACGGAUGUCGCAGCGCGCGGACUGGACAUCGAAGGCGUCAAAACGGUGGUCAACUUCACGAUGCCCAACACGGUCAAGCACUACGUCCACCGCGUGGGGCGCACGGCUCGGGCAGGGCGGGCUGGCCGCUCCGUGUCCCUGGUGGGCGAGGAGGAGCGCAAGAUGCUGAAGGAGAUCGUCAAGGCCGCCAAGGCCCCGGUCAAGGCUAGAGUGCUCCCCCAGGACGUGAUCCUGCGCUUCCGGGAGAAGAUCGAGAGGCUGGAGCCGGAUGUGUACGCGGUCCUUCGCCUGGAGCGGGAGGAGCGGGAGCUGCAGCGCUCGGAAGCACAGAUCAACACCGCCAAACGCAAGCUGGAGAGGGGGGCUCAGGAAGCAGCCAAGGGUGCCAGUCGCAGCUGGUUCCAGACUCAGGAGGAGAGGAAGCAGGAGAAGCUUGCCAAGGCCCUUCAGGAGUUUGACCUGGCGCUGCGAGGCAAGAAGAGGAGGAAGAAGUUUAUGAAGGAGUCCCAGAAGAAGGCCCAGCUGACGCCCGAGGAGCGGUCGCAGUUCGAGGUGCUGAAGGCCCAGAUGUAUGCCGAGCGCCUGGCCAAGAGGAACCGCCGAGCUCCGCGGGCCCGGGCCAUGCCGGAUGAUGAUCCCCCGGCGAGGACCGGAGCAGGACUCCAGCAGCAGCGGAAGAAGAAAGCAUCUGUGUUUGACGAGGAACUCACCAACACAAACAGGAGGGCCUUGAAGCAGUACCGUGCGGGGCCCUCCUUUGAAGACCGCAAGCGCCUGGGCCUUGCCGCCAGGAGGAAAGGCGGCAACCCCAAAGCCCGCUCCAGGUACAAGAGGAAGUGAGGAGAGCGGCAUCACAGGCACCAGGUGCACGAGGGCCUGGGAGGAGCAGCCACCUCUGCUGGCCGGCAGGGAAGGAGGCGGUCAGGAGCACGCGCCCGUCGCUCCUGCCCUUGGUCCCAGGGACAACAGUGUGCUUGCCUGAGCACUGCCGCUUUCGCGGGUGCCUGACCUUCCGCAGUUCCAAGGACGUGACACUGGACACUGUGUGCCAGACUGGGUGAGGGGGGGGAGGCUGCACUGCUGUCGGUCUUCUCAGCACUGCCACGUGCCUCGCUCCUUCCAAACACAGGCGCUUUGCAGGCAGCUCGGGGAAUGGGUGACCAAGUCGUGCCCAAUAAACCUGGAACAACUUUC